AUGGCGAAGGCACGGUACCGGCAGCACUGGCUCCGUGCCUUCACCCGCACAUGGACGGCCGAAGGUGCCACGUCUGCAGUGGCUCGCUUCAGGCCCAACAUGCGGGCCGUGGUUGAGUGGUUGAAUGACGCGUGGAUGAACCUUCCCGUGCGCCCCAUCCAGCGCUGCUGGUGGCACACGGGAUGCCUCCCGCGCGUUUGGGCACUCUCUCUCCCUCACGUGAAAGCCGGCCCGCGCAACAGCGGCGGCACGGUGGUCGAUGGCGCGGAUGGGACCGAGAUCGGCCUUGAUGAGGAGGUCAAUGAUGUUGGCCUCCUCAUUGACCGGCUCUGCCUCGGUCCGAGCGCGAUGUCGGCAGAGGCAUUCGUGGGGAUUGACGACAAUCAGCCCACGUGCGUCGAGCCUGGCGAGGAUCCGCUUGCGAGGGAGCCGGUGUCCCGCGAUGCUGCGGUGAUGUGGGAGGCGCCGGCAAACAUGCAGCAGGUGUACGACGAUAGCAACCCCGCAUCUCGCGAGGCUCGUCAUACCGCGCGCGCGGCGUGCGAGAUGUUGAUCGGAUACGCGCUGGCGACUUGCAUCAUGCCGCGCGACCUUUGCGCCCUUUUCGACAUUCGCAACCCUAUCAUCGUUGCGCAGACCCCUCGUCGCGACGGCAGGGUGCUCCCGGUGUGGAUGCAGGUGCCCACCCCAGACUGGGUCGCUCAGACGGCCCGUCGUCAGGAGCUCAUUGACGCCGGUGCUCCCGCCGUCAUGAGCGGGUACCUGGCUGCCGUAGUGUGGAUGCGGCUGUGA